AUGACCGCGCAAAAGGAAGAAUCGUUAAAGAUAAGCAACGUGUAUCUGCAUCGAGAUGACCAGCUGGAACUCAUAAAGGAGUUAGAGAAUGUCCUUAUUAGGGGAGUAUUCACAUGUGGCCACAGCAUAAAUAUUUUCCUAAAAGGGAAAGAAGGAAGCACAAGCAAUACGUUUAUUCAGUUGGACAGCACACCACUUUCGAGUGCAUCUUACAGCGGAAAGAGCUACUUGAAUAUAUCCUGCAGUGACAUAAACGAUUGUGAAUUUUUAACUAGCGAUUUUGUUUUGUAUGCCCUGCGCAAGAGAGGAAGAACUCCCCAUGGCGGAUCCCCGCAACAUGGAGACCAUUUCGGUCACAACAACAAGGGGAGUGUUCUCCAGAGGAGGGAUAUAAAAUCCACGAUGGUGCAUCGUGGGAGGGUGGCUACAUGGCGCUGCCCCCUACAAAGUGAGAGUUCCCUGCCAAAAGGGCAGACCGCCAUAACCCCCCUCAAGGAAACUGCACAAAAUGCAGAAAAUGCGCAAAAUGCGCAAAACUACGCCAAAUGGCUGCCCGUCAACACGAAGAAAAUUUUUCUGGGGGAAUUUCAAUUUUACGGAGUGGACGAGGAAAAUAAAAUUUUCACAUGGCACACUGAUGUCCAUUCGAAAGACAAAAUAAUUUACAACUACCAAACAAAAUUUGUUAAUUAUAUAAACCCUUUGGAUAAAAUAAAAAUUGUUAAUGUAUCAUGCGGACAAAGUCACGCGCUCUUUUUAUUGGAUGAAGAUUCCAACAAAAAGGUAAAAUUUAUUGCUGCUGGAUAUUCACACAACUUAAUUUGUACUUACCAGAAUGAGGUGUACGGGUGGGGGAAUAACUUGCACGGACAGCUAUUUCUGGAGGACCCCUUUGUAAAAGGGCCUACACUUAUAUUUGACCCGAAACAAUGGCACAAAUUUAUGGUAAAAAAGAAGAAGCUUAAAAGGGUCAACAAAACGGUCACCAAUAGUUACACGCGGGCGGCCCCAUUUACUCACCAUGUCGCCAUCCAAAGUGGAAGUAGCAACCCCGAGUGCGACGGCCAGGAUGAUAACCCCUCGCAGAUAUGCAACCGGGAACAGCCUCCCCCACAGGAGUACCCUCAAACGGACAAAUUUACAAAAUAUAUCGAGCUUAUCAAAAGGGAUAAUCAAGCGUAUAAGAAAACGAAAAAAUGGAGAAACAAAAACCAAUUCAAAGUUACAAAAUUAUGUUGCGGAUUUUCCUUCUCCUGCCUCCUUUUGAAGAACCAAAACUGCUACGUCGUGGGGAAGACCAACCCCUCACUUGCUAGGAAAACGGAAAAGAUAGACAACCUUCUCAGGAUAAAUAAAAAAAAAAAAUCGAUGACAUUUUUUGUAAUUUUUUUAACAUCAUCCUUGUGGAUAAUUUAAAUGCUUAGUGCCUACAACGGACAGGUGUUGCAUCUCUCCCCCGACAACUGCGCACUCAUGAAGAAUAUAAAAUUAAAAAUUAAAAUUAAGAAGGCACCCAUCCAAAUCGAGUCCGACAACGUCUACGUGCUUUUCCAUUUCACCGAUGAGUACAAAAAUGAGGUUUUCAAAUAUAGCAAAGGCAGCCUCAGGCGAGGUGGAAAUUAUAUUUACACAAAGGUUCCUUCCAUCCUGGAGGGGGACAUUCCAGAAGGGGGGGGAGGUGGAACAGCAGGGAAAUACAACGGCGAUGAGGUCAAUAGUGCCGUCUCCGAUGGGGGAAAUUCCAACACACGUGACGAGAGCGACGUCCCCAUCAGCUGUAUUGACGCCCCCACUGGCGAAGACACAACAAUCAACACUCACCGCUUCACCAAAUGCAAUGUGCACUACUCACUGGGUCAUAACUUCUACGCCGCCUCCCUUCCCAUCACAAUCAUAAAACCGGAUAUCCUCAAUAUCACCCCCAAUUUUGUUCACAUACACGACAAUAGGCCUAUCCGAAUAAACAUGCUCCACCUCUCUAGCAGCUUCGAACAUAUUUAUGUCACUCUGGGUAACCCCUGUCUACCCAUUAUACGCUCGAAGGCUUACUACGACUACGAACAGGGCAACUUCUUUUUCUCUGUCCCUCCAAUCCCUACAGGGGUCUUCCAAAGGGCUCAGCUGGGUUUCAUAACAUUCCACGUAUUCGUUUCGUACAACAAUGUAGAAUACAGCCAGAACGAAGUUAUCCUCACCAUCUCAAAUGUUAACCCGGAGGCAAGCAUGGAUAACACAAAUGGGGGCAGUGCCGAGGAGGAAGAAUAA